AUUCGAAAAAGUUUUCAAAAAGGCUCCGUCUGUAUUGCCAGUUACGAUUUUAGACUCCGUAGAUCCAAAGGUUCAAUCUUUCGCCUCGCCUCUACAAGUAGGUUUCGCUCUUUCUCUGUGUUCUCCCGAGUGUAAACAUGGACGACGAAGUAUUGUUUCUUACCAAUCUACGUAUUUGUUUCCUGUGGAAUAUUGCUGGAAAGUUUCCUCCUUUAUUUCUUGGUUUUGCAGUCUUCUAUGGUUGGAUGGCGUUCUUGUUUCCCUUUUUGUUUAGGACAGAAUUCUGAUGUAAUGUGUUGUUGAAUGUGAUGGUAAGAAGAGGAAGGAUGAUGACUGAGGAAGCGACAUCGAGAUGGUGGUGGUUCGACGGUCAUAAAAGCUCAAGCCACUCUCCGUGGCUCCACUCCACUCUCUCUGAACUGGAUGCAAAGACAAAGGCAAUGCUGAGACUAAUCGAGGGAGAUGCAGAUUCUUUUGCCCAACGUGCGGAAACAUACUACAAGAAACGUCCAGAGCUCAUCAGCAUGGUCGAAGACUUUUAUCGUGCCCACCGCUCGUUAGCAGAGCGAUAUGAUCACAUGAAAUCCGAGCAUGGAACUCGUUCUGCCAAACUCUUACAAGAAGCCGUGGAAUCCGUUUGUGACAGCCAGUCUCAAACCAACUCUGAGUCUGAAGGAUAUGCAGAAUCUGAAAUCGAAGAUCCAGAGAACGAAUUUGGAGUCAGCCCGUGUAAAGAAUCGGAAGACGAGGAGGAUCUUAAGGAAGAUGAGACAUCAAAGCUGGUUCAAGAGAGAGAGGGUCUGAGGGAAGAACUGAAACAGAAGGACGAAGAGAAGAGAGAGGUGAUAAGGCAGCUGGCCAUUGCCAUGGAGAUGCUAAAGGAAGAGAAUAGGAGGCUGAGGAAGCGUCUGGUCGAAGAAGAGUCUCUGAAGAAAAAGAGCGCGUUUGAGUUCAAACAGUUUAUGGGGAAGUUGUUUCACGUCGUCAGGUGCGAUGGCAAGAAGAAUGUUAUGUAGCGACCAGAACACGGCCUACCUGUCCGUCCAUCUCUUGAGCUCAGAUUCUCUUUGGCUCUUAUCCGGUAAUGAUGAACUGCUUAUGUCUUUUCUUGGAUUAGACUUUUUCGCUGUAUUAUAAGCCCCAAGUUAAUGUAUUGUUAUAUAUGAGGAUGCUGCAUUUGCAGCUUCUCUCUCCA